UAACGUGUGCCACAGGCAAAAGUGUCUGUCGGAAAUCUUUGCACGAGCAGUGAGUCUGCAGCUCUCAAAGAGGUGUCUCGUGCAUAGCCAACAAAAUCACAGCUACAUAGUUCAAUAUAGUGAUCAUUUUCUAUAUAUUGCACAUAAAUUUUAUUAUAUAAAAGUUUUCCUUUGCCAAAAAUUCUAAUGAGAACCGUGCGAAAACGAUCGAUACUAGUCAAUUUGAAAGUGAUCUUCCAUCGGAAAAGAGUUUUCGUCGCAGGAACUUUUCCUGCCACGUGGAGGCAUAAUCUCAACGAAACUGAUCAUUCAGAUGCUUCCCACUCUACUGGCCAAUUUAAUAGCGAUUCCGUGGAUUAAAUGAGACAUCAUUGUGGGUGAUUGAUGAUUGCUGUGCUCAUUUUAUUGUGCAACUCCUAUACACAUUGCCGUCGCUAAAUUACGCACAAUUGGACAGAGAUUCCUUAGGUGUGAUCACGAGAAAAUAUUCUAAGAAAGCUUUUACAGUUUGUCAGUCGUGUGAGAAUAGUGUUCCUUCUGUGGUGUGUUUAUAGGAAAUUUAUUGAGGGUAAAUAUAAAAAUUAAUUCCAUUAAUUGAGCUUUCUGAUCAAACCUCCCAAAAAUCCUAUAUAUUGAAAGUUCUGUUAACUUAAACAGUUUAAAUUGUACAAAAAAAAGUGAAAGCAAAAGUGAAAAACAUCAAGAAUUGAAUUUUAAUUAGGUCAGAAUGAUUAAUUGUUUAUCAAUUAAAUCAAUAGAUAUUUCGGGAAUUGUGAUCUUUUUUUAUGAAAUGAGCCAGAAUAGUGUUAAAGUUUUAUUAUAAUUACUACAAAUACAAAGUGAUUUUGGCACAAAAAGAGAUUUUCCGCCAAAUUUUGGGGAUUUAAUUGAUUGGCUUGUGUGCCAAAAUUGAGUGUCACGCACAGCCUUUAAAAGAACGAGCCAUUCUACAUUUCAAACCUGUGCUCUGUCUAUCAAUUUGGACUUUUGUAAAUCCAAAAAAAAAAGUUCUGUGUAAAGCUCAAGGGGUGACUUAUUGCAUAAUCUAUUGGCAGACCCAAAGAUAUAUGUUAUUGAAAAGACAAAAUACGCGAGUGACGUUCAUUGCUGUCCGCGGAUAUCCAGAAGAACAUUUUUGUGAAUUUUCCUCGUAGGCCGUAAUGCUCUUAGAGCAGAGAGUGAAAAUUAGUCAACACAGCACAACAUUCGGAUUUUGAUUUUAUUUUCAACAAGGAAUUUUGAGAUUACUUCUUCGCCAAAAUGGGACCCACUUUGCAGAAUGGAGACGACGAUUGCACUGGAGAAACCAAGGAGCGAUGUCACACCCCAACGGAUCUCGCUGGCAUCCGAAGGUGGAUCAGUGAGAAUAUGAUGCUCCUCGUUACACUUUCCGGGGUCAUCUUUGGUAUUGUUGUGGGUUUCAGUCUGAGGCCACUCAACCUUAGCAAAGACUACAUCAUGUUGAUUUCCUAUCCGGGUGAAUUGUUUAUGCGUGUCCUCAAACUCAUGAUUCUUCCUCUCAUCAUCUCGAGCCUUAUUGCGGGUUCAGCAAGUCUCAAUGCGCGCAUGAACGGAAAAAUCGCUCUGAGGACUCUCAUCUACUUCGCGUCAACAUCCUUCUUCAAUGCCUGUCUUGGGAUUUUCCUUGUUCUUCUCAUCCAUCCUGGAGACCAGGGUCUUCACAAUGAGUAUUCCGGUGCAUCUGACAAUAAAAAUGUCAAUCUUCUCGAUAGUCUUCUCGAUCUUGGCCGAAACGUCUUUCCGGACAACCUCUUUCAAGCUGCUUUCCAGCAAGCUCAUACGGCCUACGUACCAAAAAGCAAUCCUCUGGGCCUCAAUGAAUCCGCACUCAAUGUAACAGACACCGCAGAUGAGACAGAGACGGAAAUGGUGCGAGUUAUCAAGUACAGACCUGGCACAAAUACAUUGGGCAUCGUGUUCUUCUGCCUCCUCUUCGGGACACUUUUGGGCACCCUUGGAGAACGUGGUCAGGUGGUCAUUGACUUCUUCUCGGCCGUCUUCGAAGUAAUCAUGCGUAUGGUGACAGGCGUAAUGUGGUGCACACCUCUGGGCAUAAGCAGUGUCAUAGCUGGAAAGAUCUUAGAUGUCUCCAAUCUGACGCUGGUCAUGUCACAGCUGGCCAUGUUCAUUGUAACCGUGGUCAUUGGUGUCUUCCUGUACCAGCUGGUGAUCAUGCAACUCGUGUAUUUUGUCUUCCUACGGAAGAAUCCCUUCAAGUUCUACUAUGGCCUCAUUAAUCCAAUGCUAACAGCAUUCGCUACGGCAUCCACGGCAGCUGCCCUGCCCAUCACAUUCCGCUGCAUGAAUGAGAAGUUGAGAGUGGAUCCACGGGUGACGCGUUUCGUAUUGCCAAUUGGGUGCAACAUCAACAUGGACGGUACAGCACUCUUCAUUUCCGUCGCAUCCAUCUUCAUUGCUCAGAUGAGCGGGAUGAAGUUGGGCUUCGGUGAGAUCGUUACUGUCUGCCUCUCAUCAACGGCUGCAUCGAUGUCAUCAGCCAGUGUUCCUAGUGCAGCAUUGGUUCUCCUCUUGGUUGUGCUCUCUGCCAUUGAUGCUCCUGUCCAAGAUGUGACACUCCUGUUUGCCAUCGACUGGUUUGUGGAUCGCAUAAGGACAACCAACAACAUGCUGGGUGAUUGCUAUGCUGCUGCUGUAGUUGAGCAUCUAUCACGAAAGGAACUCAUGGCUCUGGAUGCGGCCACACUCUAUCAAGAACAAGUACCAAAUGGACAUAUUAUGAAUGAUACCGAUCCAGAUUUGGAUAGACGAAGCUCAGUACCUGAUUCCGUGAUUGUUGACAUUCCGGCAGCUGUGGCUAAUGGUCAUGCAAUGCGUCGCAACUGAACGGAAGUACCCACAAUUGAUCGAGAAGAUGGCGUGCCACAGAUUGAAUUGCAAAAUCUCAAUGGAUUGUCCCACAUGUGGAGAUUUUAAAUGGAGAGAUGGAACUUUUUUUUGUGAUAAAAUCACAAAAUAAGAAUGAAAAAAGAAAAGAAGAAACUCACCCCUCAUUGAAUUACCCCCAAAAUAAUAUUCACUUUCUCUAACAUUAGUAUUCAUUCAUUGUAUGGCUGACGAAUGGUAAGACCAUUGGUAAACCCUUCAUCACAAAAAAUAAAAGUAUCUACAAAAACAAAUAUCAAAGAAAUACCAAAAAAUAUAUUAAAAAAAUAAAAAAAAGUAUUUCCUUUCUGAGGAUCAAAUAGAAGCUCAGAAAAUAAAGCAACAGUAUCUCUUAAAAAUAAAAAAAAGGACAUAAAACAAUACUAAAAAAAAAGAAAUAUUUAGCCUAAAAGAGUAAGAAAAAAUAUUACAGUAGUUUAUAGUACUUUAUCAUGUGAUAUGAAGAUUACAUAUAAAUGUUACCUAAAAUUAAGGGUUUUUUUUUGUUAGAGAAGUGAAACAUCUUCAGAGAAUAUCAAAAGAAAAAAAAUGAGAAAAAAGAAAAGAAAAUAAAGAACUUACCAUAUUAUAUGUAAAUCCUCCCACGUAGUCACGUGAUGAAACAGGGAAUAUAAUUGAGGGAUCCUCCUCUCUUGACAACUCCACGAUGAGACGUAAUUUUUUUUAGAAUAUUUUUUUAGAUCACAUUUUAGUCUAACCUUUUAUGCAAAUGAAUGAAAAAGAAAUAUAUACACAUAAAUUGCUCAUAAAGCAAAACCCUUUUUCCUCAAAGCAUGUCCACCAUAGAAGUUUUAUUGAGAAUUAUUGUAUAAAAAAAAAAGAAUUAAAAUUUGCUGUAAUAAAUUAAUUGUUAGACUGAUUAGAUUUUAGAUGCGAGACUAAAGUGAGAAACCAAAAAUUUAAAGAAAAAUCUGCAGACAGAUGUAAAAAAAAAACAUUUGUGAGAAUACAAUGGAAAAAUAUAUUUGUAAUAGCUGUAUUCUCUUCUUUUGAUUUCUGUUAAUCCCAAAGAAAAUAUAAUUUAGGUUCCAUUUAGCUCCAUUAAAACUUGAGUAAAUAAGACUUAUGUUUAUGUCUUGGAUAAAUGUAGCUGCAAUAAAAAUGUAAAUUACACUA